AAUUGUAUUUUAUAUUGAAAGCUUAUCUGAUAGGAAGACAGCCUUAUUGACUCUGAUUUGAUCAAAGAUGAAAACUUUUUUAUAUGAAUCAAACAACAAAUUAAAGCAUAUUCCAACACAAGUUGAUGCAUAGAAUGAGAAUAUAAGCUCACAUAUCCACACGUUCACCCACAUCAAAAUGACUCUUUAAAGUGAAGGAAAUUUAAUCAAGAAAAAGGAAAUCCUGGUUCAAGAUACCGCUGAAUUCCCAUUUAGAUUAGAUAUACAUAUAAAUAGAUCCCGACCUUCGCUAAUAUUUACGUAUAAAAUUCCAAAAGGAGAGAGAAAGCUAGAGAGAAACAGAGUUUUGGGUUUUGGUCUUUGAGGGUUCAACAGAUUGACAGAUGAGUUCAACUGGAUUAUAUUCUGUUUUCACGGGCUUCAGUGAUGCAGCUGGAGUUGCUGGGAACAUCUUUGCUUUUGCGCUAUUUUUGUCACCCAUACCAACAUUUAGGAGAAUUAUCAGAAGCCAAUCAACAGAACAGUUUUCAGGGUUGCCUUAUAUAUAUUCCUUCUUGAACUGCUUGAUCUGUCUCUGGUAUGGCAUGCCCAUUGUAUCUCCCGAGGUGAUAUUGGUUGCAACAGUCAAUUCAAUUGGGGCAAUUUUUCAAUUUAUCUACAUACUGAUAUUCAUCUUGCAUGCUGAUAAAGCAAGAAAGCUAAAGAUGAUAGGACUACUGGUUGCUGUUUCUGCACUAUUUGCUGUAAUAGUCUUUGUGAGCCUAAAUUUUUUUGAGUCUCAUGCUCGACAGAUGUUUGUUGGAUAUCUAAGUGUUUUUUCUCUCAUUUCCAUGUUUGCUUCCCCACUUUGUGUCAUUAAUUUGGUGUUUAAAACAAAGAGUGUUGAGUACAUGCCAUUCUAUCUCUCCCUCGCCACCUUCCUGAUGAGUCUCUCUUUCUUCGCAUAUGGAAUGUUAAAGUAUGAUCCUUUCAUUUCUGUCCCGAAUGGAAUCGGAACAAUUUUGGGGAUAACUCAACUGAUGCUGUACUUUUAUUAUAGCAGCAAAUAUGGUGAAGGCUCUAGAGACCCACUGUUAGCAUCUUAUGCCUGAGUUGCAUCGCUUGGCAAUAAAAGAUGGAGUUAACUGAUUGCAAGUUGCAAUGUUCCGAUAAGUAUGUUUUGCUGAAUGAUCAUCAAGGUAAAUCAUUGUUAAAAGUCGUCAUCGGAUUCUAACAAGUCUGUAUCAAUGCAUUCCUCACUGCAACAAGGCAUAGAAGAAAGCAAGGGACAGAGAAAAGGAACACAAGCUGGUGCUUGUUACAAUGUGCAAUUGGCCUGUUACUGAGGACUAUCAGUGUAAGAACCUACAGUAACACAGCCAUAAUCUGCUAUCUUUGUUAUUGCCGCCACAUAGAUUGGUCAGACACCAUAAUUAUUGUCUUGAGUUGUAUAGUAUUUGUUUUGAGUUCUGCCGGAAAAAAAAAGAACACAUAAAAGGUAGCUUUAUAUAUACAGUAUUUAUUUCAA